AUGGCUCGCGCAAUUGGUAUUGAUUUAGGUACAACAUAUUCAUGUGUUGGUGUAUUUCAACAUGGUAAAGUUGAAAUAAUUGCAAAUGAUCAAGGAAAUCGAACAACACCAUCGUAUGUUGCAUUUACCGAUAGUGAACGUUUAAUUGGUGAUGCAGCUAAAAAUCAAGUUGCAAUGAAUCCAAAUAAUACAGUUUUUGAUGCUAAACGACUUAUUGGUCGAAAAUUCGAUGAAUCAACUGUACAAUCUGACAUGAAACAUUGGCCAUUUAAAGUCAUCAAUGAAAAUGGUAAACCAAAAAUUCGAGUUGAAUAUAAAAAUGAAACCAAAUCCUUCACACCGGAAGAAAUUUCAUCGAUGGUUCUCACAAAAAUGAAAGAAACUGCUGAAGCUUAUCUCGGUAAAACAAUUAAAGAUGCUGUUGUUACAGUUCCAGCUUAUUUUAAUGAUUCUCAACGACAAGCAACAAAAGAUGCUGGUAUGAUUGCUGGUCUUAAUGUAUUACGAAUUAUUAAUGAACCAACAGCAGCAGCGAUUGCUUAUGGUUUAGAUACAAAAUCAACAAGUGAAAAAAAUGUUCUUAUAUUUGAUUUGGGUGGUGGUACAUUUGAUGUAUCUGUCUUAAUUAUUGAUAAUGGUGUUUUUGAAGUUAAAUCAACAGCUGGUGAUACACAUUUAGGUGGUGAAGAUUUUGAUAAUCGUAUGGUAACACAUUUUAUACAAGAAUUUAAACGAAAAAAUAAUAAAGAUAUAUCACAAAAUACACGUGCACUUCGACGAUUACGUACAGCAUGUGAACGUGCUAAGCGUACAUUAUCAUCAUCAUCUCAAGCAUCGAUUGAAAUUGAUUCACUUCAUGAAGGUGUCGAUUUCUAUUCAACAGUUACACGUGCUCGUUUUGAAGAACUUUGUGCUGAUCUUUUUCGUUCAACAUUGGAACCCGUUGAAAAAGCAUUACGUGAUGCAAGAAUGGAUAAAUCAAGUAUUCAAGAAAUUGUCCUCGUUGGUGGUUCAACACGUAUACCAAAAGUACAAAAAUUACUUCAAGACUUUUUCAAUGGUAAAGAAUUAAAUAAAUCAAUUAAUCCAGAUGAAGCUGUAGCAUAUGGUGCAUCUGUUCAAGCAGCUAUUUUAACUGGUGAUAAAUCUGAAGAAAUUAAAGAAGUUGUUUUAAUUGAUGUUGCACCACUUUCAUUGGGUAUUGAAACAGCAGGUGGUGUUAUGACAGCAUUAAUUAAACGUAGUUCAAGUAUUCCAACGCGACAAACACAAAUAUUUACAACAUAUUCAGAUAAUCAACCUGGUGUUGAUAUAAAAGUAUAUGAAGGUGAACGUGCAAUGACAAAAGAUAAUCAUUUACUUGGAAAUUUUGAAUUGACAAAAAUUCCUCAAGCACCACGUGGUGUACCAAAAAUUGAAGUUACAUUUGAUGUUGAUGCAAAUGGAAUAUUAAAUGUCUCAGCUGUUGAAAAAUCAUCGGGUCAAGAAAAGAAAAUCACAAUUAAAAAUGAUAGUGGUCGAUUAUCAAAAGAAGAUAUUGAUAAAAUGGUUUCUGAUGCUGAUAAAUAUAAAAAAGAAGAUGAAAUUCAACGUGAACGUAUAUCAGCGAAAAAUUCACUUGAAUCAUAUUGUUUCAAUAUGAAAACAAGUAUGAAUGAUGAAAGUAUUUCUUCAAGAAUUUCAUCGAAUGAUAAAUCAAAAAUAAAUGAAACUAUUGAUUCAACUUUAAAAUGGAUGGACUCAAAUCAAUUAGCUGAAAAAGAUGAAUACGAACAUAAACUUAAAGAAGUCGAAAAAAUUUGUUCACCAAUCAUGACAAAACUUCAUGGUGAAAAUAAUAUGCCAAAUGGUCAAAGUGCAUCCAACUCAAAUGGUAAAGGUCCAACCAUCGAAGAAGUCGAUUAA